AAAUCGGUUUUCGUGACUUGGUCGCUCCUCCUCUCUCCAUCGUUUCUAGCAAGCUAGCUAGAUAACUAGGAGAGCUACCUUGAAGUGUGGGAGACUCAAAGUGGAUAAGGGGGAAACAGGCUGACGGAAAAUGGCAGACAUCGAGGGAGAGGGAAUUCAUUCGGUGGCACCUCCGUUAGUUCAGCCACCCUCUCGUAACUGCUCCGGUGUCAGCCCAACGCAGGGCACCGGCAGUUGCCAAACGGUGACUACUGUUACGUCAGGCCCGCGACUGGUGCGGAUAGUCAAGUCUGACUCGGGAUAUGGCUUCAAUGUCCGGGGACAGGUUAGCGAAGGAGGACAACUACGGAGCAUCAACGGGGAAUUGUAUGCCCCGCUACAGCAUGUUAGUGCUGUUUUACCGGGAGGUGCAGCGGACAGAGCCGGUAUCUCGAAAGGGGACCGGAUUCUGGAAGUUAAUAGUGUGAACGUGGAGGGGGCGACCCAUAAGCAGGUGGUGGAUCUGAUCCGUGCGGGGGAGAGGGAGCUGAUGCUGGCCGUGCUGUCUGUACCUCCCCAGGAGGCUGACUGUCUGGACCCUGGAGACGACGGCUCAGCCCAGUCCUGCUACGACUACAGCGACAAACAGGCCGUCCCCAUCUCCGUCCCCACAUACAAACACGCUGAACUCAACCAGGAGAGGUUUGUGAUGUAUAAUGUGUACAUGGCAGGCAGACAGCUGUGCUCUAAGAGGUACAGGGAGUUUGCUAUCCUCAACCAGAACCUGAAGAGAGAGUUUGCCAACUACACCUUCCCCAAAAUACCUGGCAAAUGGCCUUUUUCCCUGUCUGAACAACAACUAGACGCUAGACGCAGGGGACUGGAGGAAUACCUGGAGAAAGUGUGUUCAGUGAGGGUGAUUGGGGAGAGUGAUGUCAUGCAGGAGUUUCUGUCUGACGAGUCUGAUGAGAACUAUAACGGCGUAUCAGAUGUGGAGUUGAGGAUAGCCAUGCCUGAUAAAACCACCGUCACAGUCCGAGUCCGCAAAAACUGUACAACUGACCAGGUCUACCAGGCUGUGGUCAUGACAGUAGGAAUGGACAGCAUAACAGCCAGCUACUUUGCUUUGUUUGAGGUCAUCAACCACUCCUUUGUGCGUAAACUGGCUCCUAAUGAGUUCCCCCACAAGCUGUAUGUUCAGAACUACACGUCUGCUGUCCCUGGGACCUGCCUCACCCUGCGUAAGUGGCUCUUCACCACCGAGGAGGAGAUCCUGCUCAAUGACAACCAACUGGCCGUCAGCUACUGCUUCCACCAGGCGGUGGAUGAUGUGAAAAGGGGAUUUAUCAAGGCAGAGGAGAAGUCCUACCAGCUACAGAAAUUAGCAGAACAGAAGAAGAUGGCCAUGUAUCUCAGUAUGUUACGGGGCUGUGAAGGCUACAACGAGAUCAUCUUCCCACACUGCUCCUGUGACUCCCGACGCAAAGGCCACGUCGUCACAGCCAUCAGCAUACACCACUUUAAACUGCACGCCUGCACAGAGGAGGGAACGUUAGAGAACCAGGUGAUCGUGUUUGAGUGGGUGGAGAUGCAGCACUGGGACACUGAUGAGGAGGGCAUGGCCUUCUGCUUCCAGUACGCCAGGGCAGAGAAGAAACCUCGCUGGGUCAAGAUCUUUACUCCCUACUUCAACUACCUGCAUGAGUGCGUUGAGAGAGUCUUCUGUGAACUCAAGUGGAAGAAAGAGGUGGAAGAGGAGGCUGUGGAUAAGGACAAUAAGAACUGCAGUAAAGAAGGUAUGUGUAGCAAGAUUAUCUUCCAGCUGUUGAGACACAGAAGGGAUGGAGGCACCUAGGAGGAGAGAUCAUCACCUCCUAAACAUGCUCUCCUCCAUCCGUCCCUCUGGUCUUGCUUGGCCCGGAACUACCACCACUACCUGUCCUCACACAACUACUACUACACCAACUACAAACCAACAAACUACAACUUCUACAUACCAAUAACAGCAACUACAGAUAAACAACCACUACACACCAUCAAACUACAAAUGAACAACUUCUGGACUGACUGAAGGAGAAACAAUGACGCACACUACAACUUAAGCUGUUAUUCACCAUGAACCCUUGAAUACACCCCAAGCACACAAUAUAAACACAAGCCAACAGGAAGCUACAGUAGAAACAUAUAGCAGGUUUGUACAGGUGAAUAAGUAACUCUAAAAACUUAGAUACAUGCCUUCAUACAUCGCAUCACCUCUUUGGUCAAAACUCCAUGGAGACCUGUGACUAUUGGCUAAGGAGGCUAACGUCUUGUGGUGCGAUUGGCUGAAGGAGAUGGUUCUCUGGGACGAUAUUGGACAAGGGAUUUGACAACGUGCAAGGCCAUUGGGUGUUUUGUGGCCACUUUGGAGUGCUCUGGACUGGAACAGAGUGCAGUGGUAGAAGAGAACAAAAGAGGGAUACAGAUGCUGGAACAGAACCUGUUCUAAAAGAGGAAACGGCUGGUGGUGAUGGAACAGAACCUGUUCUAAAAGAGGAAACGGCUGGUGGUGAUGGAACAGAACCUGUUCUAAAAGAGGAAACGGCUGGUGGUGAUGGAACAGAACCUGUUCUAAAGGAGGAAACGGCUGGUGGUGUUGGAACAGAACCUGUUCUAAAAGAGGAAACGGCUGGUGGUGAUGGAACAGAACCUGUUCUAAAGGAGGAAACGGCUGGUGGUGUUGGAACAGAACCUGUUCUAAAAGAGGAAACGUCUAGUGGUGAUGGACUGAGGAGACGCAUCUGAAAAGUUCUAAAACAGGAAGUGUGUGUGUGUGUGUGUCGACUGAUUAUGGACAGCUGUGAGAGUCUAGGUUGGAACCCUGGAGGUAGAAACAACCCUUCUCUCUGACUCUGAACUGAACUCCCAGAAUGAGUCUAGACAGACAGACGGAGGGAAACGGACCCAUGAUACAAGAGACUGGACUCAUAUGAACCACACAGACCGAUUGACAUAUAGAUAUUAUCUCCUGUUUGUAGCCACUAUCUCCAUUUCAAAGAGAUCUACUGAAGAGACUAUUACAGAGAGAGAGAAACCAUACAUUUCCUUUAUUUGUAACUAUUGGGCCGAGCAGAACCAAGGGUAGCAUGUGUGUUUCAGCUGCUGGUUCUGUUUCGGUUUACAGAUGCUGAAAUUGCCCUGAAGCCAUUUUUGAAUACACAAACCUUCUCAUUAAAACACACACACACAGAAUGCUCAUCAUGUAGGAAUUGGAUCCCAGGAAAGUAUUCUGCCAUCUUGACAGAUACCUGAACAAGGAACAUGUUUACGUCACCUGUGUGUUUUGUGUACCUCCUAAAGACAUGUGGACAUUUCAGACAUUGGACAGAAUAGCACAAAAAGAACCCUGUAAGAUGUUGACCAUGUUAAGCUCAAUCUGUAUUCAUUCAAUGCUAGCCUAAGCUUUCUGUUCUGCUGAUGCCUAACCGUGGGGUCAUAACACUGAACUCAGAAGUGCAUCUCGAUUUACAUGUUUUGUGUCUUUCUGUUCUUGAGAAAAGGUGUGAUGCUUUAGAAAACACAUCGUGAUUGUCAGUCUGUAGGAUAUGUCUAUGGUGUUGGUUUAGGUGAGUCUUUGGUUCAAUUGAUAUAUCGGUCCUUGUGUAUCUGAAGACGCUGCAGUGUUCAGAACGACCUGCAGGGGUCUCCCUCCCACUGAGAAACACUAGAUCAGUUCCUAUACAACAGGGCUGGCCAGUAUUCUAACAGAGGGCCAGUGUGGGUGCAGGCUUUUGCCCCAGCCAAGCAGUAACACACCUGAUUCAAUAUCUGGUGGAUGUUAUCAUUGGAUGCUGAUGCAACACCACACACAUCUUUAAAUGCAGUGUUAACCUACAGCAGGGUUUCCCAGUGGUGCAGUAGGAGCUACACGGAGGUAUACACCCUAAACCCCACAGAGGUUUAAACAGUGGUGUAGUAGGAGCUACACGGAGGUAUACGCCCUAAACCCCACAGAGGUUUAAACAGUGGUGCAGUAGGAGCUACACGGAGGUAUACACCCUAAACCCCACAGAGGUUUAAACAGUGGUGUAGUAGGAGCUACACGGAGGUAUACGCCCUAAACCCCACAGAGGUUUAAACAGUGGUGCAGUAGGAGCUACACGGAGGUAUACACCCUAAACCCCACAGAGGUUUAAACAGUGGUGUAGUAGGAGCUACACGGAGGUAUACGCCCUAAACCCCACAGAGGUUUAAACAGUGGUGUAGUAGGAGCUACACGGAGGUAUACGCCCUAAACCCCACAGAGGUUUCAAUAAAGGUUCAAUAAAAUAAAUAUGCACGAAACCCACUUUUUGUUCAGUGGACAUUGGGUAUAGUCACUUCUUAAUUCCCACUGAUCCGUAUCAAAGUAGUGUACUGGUGGUAUAAAUGGUAUCAAGUAUGUGGUACAAUAGAGAAAGUAGCCUACACAAUCGUAAAGCACGUGUAAUAUAUUCACGUGCGCUGCACACAGCCAAGUUUCAGCUGAAUAUCAUGGCAGUAAGAGCAGCAGCUGGUUGUCCCAUGGAGCAGCUCACAGCUGGUAGGGUAGGUAGGACUUGCCUAGUAAAAUAAAGGUUAAAUGAAUCAAAUCCAGAAACAAUGGGUAAGCAAACCAGGUAUUGAAACAGUUUGGUCCAAAGUCUUGGUUGAAUCUUUGCAGUGCUCAAUUCAGUCAUUAUGUGCUGUUUUGAAUGAACAUUUCCAAAUGCUUUCCCAAGGAAAACUUCCUAAUUAAAGCUGCAAUAUGUAACUUUGUGCAACCAAACAAGUUCACAUAGAAAUGUCACUGUCAUCAUUGAAAGCAAGUCUAAUAAGUGGUAGAUCUAUUAUAUGUGCACUAUUUCUAUGCUUCCCAUUCUUAAGUUUAGUUUUUGCAUCUUUUAUUUUGUUUUGUACACCAUUUUCAGACGGCUGAAAAUACAAUCUUUUUGGUUAUGGAAAAUGUAUUGCAGAGGUUGAGAUUGUACAAAGACUAUACAAUUACCUAUUGUUUUGUCACAAACUGAAAUUAGGCAAACUUAGAAUUUUAGCAACCAGGAAAUGGCGGAGCCAUUUCGGUAUAGUGCAUCUUUAAAUGUUGACUACAAAUUAGGCCUACAUUAUAUAAUUAUGAUUUGUAUCAAUCUGGAGGGCAUUUAUUUUGAAAACUCUGCAAUCACAUGUACUCUACUGUAGGCUUACAUUGUAGAGUACAGACACUGCGAGCCACAUGGUAUUUGGCUAGUAGCUUAAUUAUUUUAAAGGGCAACUAGACCCUCCCAAAAAAAUAUUUUAUAUUUUUCCCAGACCUAAAAAAUUGUAUCCUUGUGCGGUAUAAGCAUUGAUGUGGGCUUAACAUGCAUUUGUUGUUUUUCUAUGAAAGAUUUUUCUGGCAAAAUGAUGGUGUACUCACUUCUCCAGGCAUCGCUACACCAAUGGGUUUUCCUGUAUCUGUGAGUGAUUUGAUUUGGGACCUGAAUCUCCAACAGGCUUAGGCUGUUUACACGAUGGAUCAUCAUGUCUCACUCCCAUAGGCUGCUUCACUUGUCAAUCAUGUCUCUGCUAUCUCGCCCUGUAAUCUGCGAUAUCUCUCUCUCAAACACUCCUCUGUCUCUCAUCGUCAACUCUUUAUUUAAGUAAGAUAUUAAGCAACUUCUCUUAUCCUACAGUAUCUUCACCUGUCUGACAAAUCAAGCAAAUGAGAAAAUAAAACAAUCUGAAGAAAACCACACAGGGUUGAAUUGAUGAAAGCUGAUGUCAUUUAGUAAUUUAACUUAUUGACUUAUUGUAAUGAAUUGUAACAUUAUUUUAAAUGAAAUGAUUUAUUAAUGCAAA